CCAUGCGCACUAGCGAUGCGUCGCACCUUUUACUCCAAAUGCUCACCUGAUUUCCUUUCUCCGCUGCCACACUCAUACGUACUUGUGGAAGUUCAAUUCUCUCUUUACGCGCUGCUGUAAAGAGUCUAAAAAACAUUUUUAAGUUGUUUGAAUGCUGAAUAUCCCAGCGCAAGCAUCUUCUUUUUGCACCUUCAGAAAAAUAAUGAGAAAAAGAAUUUGCCCUUGGACUUGGAACUUGGAUAAUAUCGCGAGCGUUGUGUGCGUAAAACAGAUCAUUUGGAUUUUUUAUUCUAAUUAGUACGUAGAGCUCAUCUCUCCACUUAGGCGCAUCAUUAGGAGACCGGGGGUGGGGCGACAGCAGUCUGUCCCGGUGAGGGGAGGAGAGGAGAGAACAGGCAACCAAGGCGGUUCUUUCGCGGCUGCUCGUUUCUGGGAGCUGGAGAGUGCGGGACCAGGGCUGGAGACACCCCCAGGGAGAAAGAGCAGAACCAGUCCAGCACGGACCUCGCUUGGCCGACCGCUGCGCCGUGCAAGUUGGGGACUGCACAACAUUCCUAUGAAAUAUUACAGCUUUUAAUGGCAUGUGGCUUGUAACUUUACUUCUGCUGUAUUCUGUGCAAGAAGUCAACAGUGAGGAUGUUGUCUCUACGCGGCUGUACUUUGUGAAUGCCUCCCUGCAGCGGGUGACCUUCUCCAGCUCGGUGGGGGUGUCCCUGCCCUGCCCUGCGGGCGGCGCCCCCCAUGCCGUCCUGCGCUGGUAUCUGGCCACCGGAGACGACAUUUACGAUGUGCCCCAUAUCCGCCAUGUGCAUGCCAAUGGCACCCUCCAGCUAUACCCUUUCUCACCCUCAGCCUAUAACAGCAUCAUUCACGACAACGAGUACUUCUGCACUGCUGAGAACCAAGCAGGAAAGAUUCGAAGCCCCAGCAUCCAUAUCAAAGCAGUGUUUAGGGAGCCCUACACAGUCCGUGUGGCCGACCAGCGCUCCAUGCGGGGUAAUGUUGCCGUGUUCAAGUGCCUCAUCCCCUCCGCCGUCCAGGAGUACGUCAGUGUGGUGUCCUGGGAGAAAGACACUGUUUCCAUCGUCCCCGGUAAUCGUUUCUUCCUGACUUUAUAUGGCGCUUUGUAUAUCUCAGAAGUGCAAAAGGAAGAUGCUCUUUCAACUUACCGCUGCAUCACAAAGCACAAGUACAGUGGAGAGACCCGCCAAAGCAAUGGAGCCAGACUUUCUGUUAUGGACCCUACGGAGUCCACCCCGUCCGUGUUGGACAGUUUCCAGUCUGGUGAAGUGCAGAUCGGGCACAAUGUGGAGCUGCCUUGCAUCGCUUCUGGAUAUCCAAACCCUACCAUCCGAUGGUUGAAAGAUGGUCGACCAUUACCAGCAGACUCCCGCUGGACACGCCGCAUUACUGGCCUCACCAUCUCUGACUUGAGACUCGAGGACAGUGGCAAUUACAUCUGUGAGGUUACCAACAGCUUUGGCUCCAAGGAGGUGGCAGGUCACCUCAAUGUAAUUGAACCACUCAGAGUGACCUUGUCUCCUAAGAAUCUAAAGACAGGGAUCAGCAGUACAGUCAUCCUCUCCUGUGCUGUUCAAGGUUCCCCCCACUUUACUGUCUCUUGGUACCGAAACACAGAGUCUGUCUUGCCAGAUCAGCACUUUUCCAUCCAAGGGGCUCACAAUGAGACACUGUUUAUUUCCGCUGCACAAAAGAGACACUCUGGAGCCUACCAGUGCUUUGCCACUCGAAAAGGCCAGACCGCCCAGGACUUCUCCAUCAUUCUACUAGAAGAUGGCACUCCCCGUAUUGUUGCCUCGUUCAGUGAACGUGUAGUGGUCCCAGGCGAGCCGUUUUCCCUGAUGUGUGCUGCCAAAGGAGCACCUCCACCAACCAUCACAUGGACCCUGGACGACGAACCUGUGGCUCGGGAUCUGUCCCGUGUCCGGACCAGCCAGUACACACUUUCUGACGGCAGCACAGUGAGCCACGUCAAUGUCAGCAGCCCUCAAAUUCGUGAUGGAGGAGUGUAUCGGUGCGCCGCACGAAACUCGGCUGGUAGUGCCGAGUACCAAGCGCGCAUAAACGUAAGAGGUCCACCAAGGAUUAGGCCUAUGAAGAACAUCACUGCAGUGGCAGGGAGAAACACUUUUAUAAACUGCCGUGUAAUUGGGUAUCCUUACUACUCAAUUAACUGGUACAAAGAUGGGCUUCUGUUGCCGGACAAUCAUCGCCAGGUGGUGUUUGAGAAUGGGACUCUAAAGCUCAGCGACGUUCAGAAAGGCAUGGACGAGGGGGCUUAUGUGUGCAGUGUGCUGAUUCAACCGCAGCUAUUCAUCACACAGACUGUCUAUGUCACCGUCAAAGUUCCUCCACUGAUCCAGCCAUUUGACUUUCCCCCGACCUCAAUUGGUAAAUUGAUGUACAUUGCCUGCGUGGUGUCGUCAGGAGACAUGCCCAUACACAUUACGUGGCGCAAAGAUGGUCAGGAGAUCGUGCCCUCCUCAGGCAUCACUAUUGACACAAAAGAGUUCAUGAGCUCCCUCCAGAUAUCCAAGGUGUCACUUAAACACAAUGGCAACUAUACCUGCAUUGCCAGGAAUGAUGCUGCCACUGUCAGCACAGAGAGGCAACUCACAGUUACAGUGCCUCCGCGGUUUGUUGUGCAACCCAACAAUCAGGAUGGGAUAUAUGGCAAGGCAGCAAUCCUGAACUGCUCUGUUGAUGGCUACCCUCCACCUAAGGUUAUGUGGAAGCAUGCCAAGGGGGCACUAGCGGGAAUUGGAAACCCACAGCAGUACCACCCCGUGCCCCUGACAGGCAGGAUUCAGAUCAUGAAUAAUGGCUCUCUACUAAUCAGACAUGUCUUGGAAGAGGAUCGUGGCUUCUACCUCUGUCAGGCCUCCAAUGGAGUGGGCUCAGACAUUAGCAAGAGCAUGGUCCUCACAGUUAAGAUCCCAGCAAUGAUCACAAGUCACCCCAACACUACCAUGGCUAAGAAGGGUCACGUGAAGGAGUUGAACUGCACAGCCAGGGGAGAAUGGCCCAUCAUCAUCCGCUGGGAAAGAGGGGACACCGUUAUUGACCCUGAUCGCAACCCACGAUACUCUAUAACCACUAGUCCAAAUGAAAAGACAGAUGAAGUGUUGUCUACUCUUAAGCUAAAGCCAGCAGAGCGUGAGGAUUCAGUUUUCUUCUCCUGUCAUGCUAUCAAUUCUUAUGGAGAAGGACGGGGCCUUAUUCAACUCACUGUUCAAGAGCCUCCGGACCCCCCAGAGCUGGAAGUGCGAGAAGUGAAGGAUCGGAGUAUGAAUCUUAGGUGGACCCAAAGAUUUGAUGGAAAUAGCAUUAUUACUUCCUAUGAUAUUGAAUAUAAAAACAAGACAGAUACCUGGGAGCUUAAGCAUGCCACUCGAAACAUCUCUCCCACAAACAAUCAGGCCAACAUUGUGGACCUUCACCCUGCCUCUGUUUAUAGUAUUCGAAUGUACUCAUAUAACGCCAUAGGAAAGAGUGAGGCCAGCAAGGAACUCACCAUAAGCACAGAAGAAGCUCAACCUGAUGGCCCUCCAAUGGAUGUGACCCUGCAGGCAGUGACUUCUCAAAGCAUCAGAGUCACCUGGAAGGCGCCGAGGAAAGAACUACAGAACGGGGUGAUCCGAGGUUACCAGAUUGGUUAUAGAGAGAAUGGCCCCGGCAGCAAUGGCCAGUACAGCAUUGUGGAGAUGAAAGCCACAGGAGACAGCGAGGUCUACACUCUUGACAAUCUAAAGAAGUUUGCUCAGUAUGGAGUAGUAGUCCAGGCCUUCAACAGAGCUGGAACUGGACCUUCAAGCUCAGAAAUCAAUGCUACAACCCUGGAAGAUGUGCCCAGUCAGCCCCCUCAGAACGUGCGAGCCAUCUCUGUCACUUCCGACGAGGCGGUGAUCACAUGGGCUGAGCCUCCAAGAAUGACUCUGCAUGGAGUUUUGAAGGGAUAUCGGGUCGUGUUUUGGGCUGUCUUUCCAGAUGGAGAGUGGGGUGAAAUGCAAAAUAUUACAACUAUCAAGGAGCAGGUAGAGCUGAAAAGCCUGGAGAAGUUCACCAACUACAGCAUCCAGGUUCUGGCCUUCACUCAGGCUGGAGAUGGAGUACGAAGCAACGUCCUGUAUAUUCAAACCCGCGAAGACUUACCUGGACCUCCAGCUGGCAUCAAAGCUGUGCCCUCCUCUGCCAGCAGUGUUGUGGUGUCAUGGUUACCCCCUCACAAGCCAAAUGGAAUCAUCCGCAAGUACACAAUCUACUGCUCCAGCCCUGGCUUAGGUCAACCACUGCCAAGCGAGUAUGAGGCCAACCCGGAGUUGCUGUUUUACCGAAUCACGCACCUCAACCACCGACAGCAGUACCUGAUCUGGGCUGCAGCUGUCACAACUGCAGGUCGCGGGAACUUUAGUGACAAAGUCACAGUGGAGCCAGCCGCCAAGGCCCCAGCUAAAAUCUUAUCAUUUGGGGGUACGGUAACCACUCCCUGGAUGAAAGAGGUGCGCCUUCCCUGCAGCUCAGUAGGUGAACCCACACCUUCCAUAAAAUGGACCAAAGACAGUGAGGACACAGCCAUUCCUGUGUCUGUUGAUGGACAGCGCCUUAUUUUGGCCAACGGGACACUGGUGCUGCGCUCGGUCAAAGCUGAAGACUCUGGUUACUACACCUGCACAGCCACCAACACGCUCGGCUUUGACACUAUUAUCGUCAACCUUUUGGUGCAAGUGCCUCCAGACCAACCUCGCCUAACUGUCUCUUCCACCUCCACGUCCUCCAUUACGCUUGCUUGGAUACCAGGAGAUAACGGCGGCAGCUCUGUCAGAGGUUUUGUGCUGCAGUACUCAGUUGAUAAUACAGAGGAAUGGAAAGACGUGUUCAUCAGUUCUACUGAGCGCUCCUUCAAGCUGGACAACCUGCGUUGUGGAACCUGGUAUAAAGUGAAACUGGCGGCCAAGAAUAGCGUUGGUGCUGGCCGAAUCAGCGAGAUCAUUGAAGCAAAGACUCAUGGACGAGAGCCCCAAUUCAACAAGGAUCAGCCUGUCUUCACCUACAUUAACUCCAGCCAUGCUCGCCUCAAUUUGCAGGGCUGGGCUAGUGGAGGCUGCCCAAUCUCUGCUGUCACACUGGAGUUUAGACCAAAAGGUACAUGGGCUUGGCAAAGUGUUCGUACAAAUGCCACUGCAGAUGUGUUCCUGGCAGAACUGCGUGAGGCGACCUGGUAUGAACUGAAAAUGAAAGCAUGUAACAGUGCUGGCUGUGGCAACCAGAGUUCCCAGUUUGCAACGCUGGACUAUGAUGGAAGCACUAUUGCCCCCAUUAAAUCUCCGCUGGAGAAGAACGAUGAUGUUAAGAAGCUGUUCUCUAUCGGUUGUCCUGUGAUCCUGGUCACCGUCGGCAUUGCACUGCUCUUCAUUAUUCGCAAGAAACGCAAAGAAAAGAGGCUGAAAAGACUUAGAGAUGCCAAGAGUCUGGCAGAGAUGUUAAUCAGCAAAAACAACCGCAGCUUUGACACACCGGUUAAAGGCCCCCCUCAAGGCCCCAGGUUGCACAUCGACAUCCCCAGGGUACAGCUGUUAAUUGAAGACAAAGAAGGCAUCAAGCAAAUUGGUGAUGACAAAGCUACAAUCCCUGUGACAGAUACAGAGUUCAACCAAACUGGGAAUCCUCAGAGCUUCUGCACUGGUGUGUCUGUCCAUCACCCUGCACUCAUCCAGAACACUGGUCCUUUGAUAGACAUGUCUGACAUCAGACCAGGAACCAACCCGGUGUCUAGGAAGAGUGUGAAGUCAGCCCACAGCAUCAGGAACCGCUACUCCAGUCAGUGGACUCUAACCAAGUGUCAGGCUUCCACGCCAGCUCGCACUCUCACUUCAGACUGGCGCACAGUUGGCUCCCAGCAUGGCAUUACUGUCACUGAGAGUGACAGCUACAGUGCCAGCCUCUCACAAGACACAGAUAAGGGGCGCAACAGCAUGGUGUCCACAGAGAGUGCCUCCUCUACAUACGAGGAGUUGGCGAGAGCAUAUGAGCAUGCCAAGCUGGAAGAACACUUGCAACAUGCCAAAUUUGAAAUUACAGAGUGCUUUAUUUCUGACAGCUCAUCUGAUCAGAUGACCACAGGUACCAAUGACAAUGCAGAUAGCAUGACGUCGAUGAGUACGCCAUCAGAGCCUGGUAUCUGCCGUUUCACUGCCUCGCCACCAAAACCCCAAGACUAUGAUCGUGGCAAAAAUGUAGCCGUGCCCAUUCCACACCGCGCCAAGAGUGACUACUGCAACCUACCCUUGUAUAUGAAGUCAGAUCUCUUUUUCCGAAAACGGUCAGAACAUCAUGAUCCAUGUCCUGUGGUUCCACCACGCGAAGCCUCUGCUCGUGGCCUGGCCCAACGGGCAUACCACACCCAGGGCCGUCAUGUGACUAUGGACAGUGCAAAGCAGCAGUCACUCAGCAUGGGCCACUCUGGCCUGUCCAACCUCACUUCCUCUGGAGCAUCAUCUGGGGGGGCGACAGGGGGUGCUGCUGGAGGUAGUGGGACUGGAGGGAUGUCUUCUAGCUCUAGCAGCUCCACGCUUCCACAGAGGACUCUCACCAUGUCUGGCUCCUCAGCUCAGGUGGCUCAGUGUGCAGCUGCAAGUGCAUCUGCUACUGCUGCGGCAGCAUCAUCCUCCUCUGCUAGCGGUGGGGCAGUAGGGGCCACAGGAGGGACCCCUGGAGGUGCUUCUUCUUCGUCCUCUAAAAUGGGAGGAUCUAGAGACUCUCUCCUGGAGAGCAGCUCCUCUGGCUUAAGUAGAUUACAGAAGCAGAGGGAUGGAGGGUCAGGGGCCUACUCCAAGUCCUACACGCUUGUGUAGCUUGCCAUCAACGGGGCCAGUCACUGUAACUCUUAAUACAUAGCUGGUCAAGCCAGCACUUGCCUGGAACCUCCAUUUUAAACUGGUGUGAGGAACAUACACAUGCACAGCUUACCUGUCAGUGCCUGUGCUGUGCCAGGCGGAACAAGGCUGGUUGGGUUAACGCUGACACAACUGUUCGAAGAGGUCAGAGUUAGGUCUCCACAGCACAGGGGUGUUUGCCUUUCUUUCUGCUUGACUGCUUUAUGUUCUUAAUGUGUCAUUUAUCUGUCUUAUUUCACCGUUCUGGAAAUCACUUGCCAAAACAUAAACUAUUUUCAGUUAACUCCACACGUUCAUUCUUUUGGCUAGGACACGGUACUUAUGCACAAAAAUGCUUUCCACACACACUGUCUUGUUUUCUAACUCAAGGCAGCUGUAGAAUGGUUGCUUGAGAAGCGUGAUAAGGAUUUUUAGGUUUUUAAAUAGUGUAGGUACCUUUCUGUUGUUGUUGUUUCCAAUGGAAAAUUAGCUUAUAUCACAGCAUUGUGCCAUGGCAGGAUGCUUUUUAAUGUAUGCAUAAACCACCAGCCUUUUGUGUCACAUCGGCUCUGCAAGGUUACGCUAUCAUGGAUUCAGACUGUUGGGACAAAGGUUGUUUCUUUUUUCUUUUUCUUAUACAUGCAUCAACACGGCAUAGCAUCCAUAAUUGAUGCUUUUAUAAAUAAUAUAAAUAUAAAAAUGUCAAGCAUCAUCCAGUGAUAUAUGACUCCAGAAUUUCUUUCAGGUCAGUUCUGAUGUUUUUUUUUUUUUUUUAGAUGAUGGAAAUACAGUUUAAACUCAUGUGAACUAAGAAAAUGUUAGAGUGGAUCCAAGUUCUUGAAAAGUUCACAAGCGUGUGUGUGCGUGUUAUCAGGUGUAUAUGUGUAAAUAUAUAUGUAUACAUGAGGCAGGCACACACCAACGGUGGACCUUUGUUAAGUCAAUCUGUAUGCUGACCUCUCAGGCAGAUGUCUGUGUCGAACAGGAAUCCUCUUCUCAUCGUUUAUGUUGGACCUGUGAAAAGGGGUGAGGAACAUCAAAAGUUUGGUAGUGUUGAUGAAAAUGGUGAUAACUUAAUAAUAAGACCAUUCUUAUUUGGCUUUGCAUUUUAAACUUUGUUUAGUUGACGAAUGGCAAAGUAUUUGAACGAAUUUAGACCAUUCAGGGUUCAUACUACAACAAACAAAGGAUCCUCUUGUUUUUUUCAUAAAAGAAAGUUCUCUUCCUGGUUCAUCACAGGGCCACCAUACAGCUCCUUUAUUUAUUUUGACUGCACCUGCUUUAUAUUCCAGCCUUUUGCACAUUUCCCCUAUAACCCAAUGCUAUCCAUGCAGUGUCACUGUGACCUAAUGGCAAGUAGACAAUAAGAAAAUGUCAAAUUUGCAAAUAGGAAAAAAAUAAAUCCUGAUCUUCAUAAAUAGUUCAAUGAAAAAAAUCAUGCAAAGUGUAUCAAGUCUUUAUUGAUGUGUGGGGAAAAACAUUUGGGCAAGUGAGCAAUUUUCUGGUAAGAAAAUGUUGACAGUUUUGUAAAAACAAGAUAAAUGCAACAUUUUCAUUUAAAAAAAUGUGGGGUUCUUGAAAACUAUAAAGACAUUGCCAAGUUCAUCCACCUUUUUCCAACUGAGUUUAGCUUUAUGCAUGGUACUGUUUCUGUUACAUGUUUUACACUCCCAAAGCUUAAUCCAUUAACAAAGAUCGCUCCAAAAAGAAAAGAAAGAGUUGCUCCAAAAGUUUUGCAGCAGUAGAACUUAACAUCAGGGCUCUCGCAAUAGAAAAAAACAGAUAUAUAUCUUUGUUUUCAAAAGUAUGUACAUAUAUAUUUCUAUUAAGAUAUAUAGCAAAUAUAUGAAUAUUGAUAAAAGCAGAGAAAUAUAAAAGCUGUUUUAAUUGAAAAAAAAUUAAUAUAAAGAUCACAAGACAAUCGCUCAGAGUCACGAAUCACAAAACAGGGAAGUUGAAAUGAGUGAGAAAGAUCCUAAAGAGAAAGGAACUGGUCUGGAAAAAAAAUACUGUUAAUGUACAGUAAAGAGAGAAUGGAGGAGUCAUCAGUCUUGUGAUUUUGUAAAGGACAAGCACAGUAAUAAUUGAAUUUACCAUGUGAGAUUGUGUUGGUUUACUGCGGUCUGUGACUCAGUGCAGAAGGUUUGAAACAGUUAAACAAGGUCAGGACACACAGUAAUUGAGCCUCUUGUGUUAUGUUGUGAUUUACCUUUAAAAGGUGUUUUUGCUGUCUUAACGCCAUAGCUCAGCUACAGUCAAUUAACAAAGACAAACUAACAAAUGUUUAACAGUUGAAGUUUGUUCCGUUUUGUUGUUUUUUUUUACCCCCAUCAAUGUUAGUCCUCUCUGAAAUCCAGCGGGCCAACGAGUGCCAACAAUAUAAACGUGAACUUCACCGACCCUUUUGUUUUCAAAUGACACAAGGAAGACAUGUAUCUGGUUUGCCCUAUAGGAUAAAAUGUCUUUUGUUUUGGCUUUUCUGUUUUAUGGUAUGCAACACUUGUCUUUAGAAAGUGAUGACUCUGGUAUAAGGGUUAGACCUGUUUUUAACUCGAUAAAAACAGGGCCUUCCUUACAUGGCUUGAAUGGGGUUUUUAUUGGAUUCAUUAAAUACAUUUUAAACAAAACUGUUCUGUCUGAUUGCUUAGUGAAUUCAAAAAUGCCCUUUUUCAGUUGGUUUUCUUACAGUUACUGUUCUUUUUGUCUUCAGUAAAAGUCCACCUGAGAUUCUCAGAUUCUCAAUUAACACCCAGCUAUGUGUCCAGAAGGAGCAACACUUUUUUGUUGUGACACGGGAUUUUGUCCACUUUUUUGAGCAAAUGCUGCAGAAUUGUUAUCUUUCUUUAUCAGGUGCAGGUAAAGGGAUAUUUUACCUAAAAACCACAAAAACUGAGAAUGGUUUCUUCCCCUUAGGAGUAAGGUAAAUGUCGCUUGUGACAGUGAAAAGUGCUGUAAAUGCAGAUUAUGUUUAUGGUCCCCCUGUUGGCUUGGUUUGCAAAAAGAGAUUUCAAAGUUACAUCAAGUUUGCAGAAGUUGCAAAAUAAAAUGUGAGGAAAAAUUUUUUUGAGUAUAAGGAAGUACUUCAGUGAAAUAGAUUUUUUUUGUGUGUGUUUUACUUCUAAUAUAUUCAGUAUAGUCAGUGUAAUUUAUAGUAUCAUCGAAGAAGAAUGGCACUUUUACUAAACUCCUAACAUCAGCUGUCAGCCGAAUAAACUCAGAAAGCCUUUGCAUCCUGUUGCCUUACUUUUUAAAGUUUUAGCAAAUAUGGUUUUAUUAGCAGGUAAGAAAAAAACCCCACCAACAUUGGACUUUUUACCUAAUUUAUAUAUUUUUAUUAAUUGUGGUGAAUUUAAUUGUACAUCCGUCCUUUUCUCCAACACAAAGAGGACAUUGUAGUGUCAAAGUGUUGGAUGAUGGAUGUGUUUUUUUUCCUUUCCCCAAAAUAUCCAAAUCUUUUUUUCUUCUGAAAAUAAAUCAAAAAAUUCUAAGAACCCCACCAUCCCUUUCACCCCAUUUUUGUCAUCCUAAAACAUCCUUUUCAGAAUAACAGAAGACUUGUGUAUAUAGGGAAUUGUUUUGUAUAAAUGAGUACUAUUUUCAACAUCUUCAUUAGAAAUCAGGGCACAAUGUAAACGUCUACUAAAGUUAAUGUAAUGAGGACUUAAUAAAGCUAUAGAGUUAUACUGAUAACUGCUUUAUCCUGAUAUAUAGACAAAUUAAAACAUGUCAGAGUGGACCAUGCAUAGUUAAUUAUAAAGCUUAUCUUAUUUUACUGGGCAUUUUGCUGCACUGUCUUAUUAUUUUUUCUGCUAUUUGACUUAUUUUGUCACAAGUUACUUAAUUUUAAGUUUUUUUUUCUUUUACUUUUCACUUUUUGGGGAGAAUUGCAGCAGCGUUGCAUGUUCUGAAAUUUUUGCAGGAUAUAAAUGAAAAAUAAAAUAAAACAAGUGGUUUUGAACAAGUGGUUUUAAUGAAAAUGACCAUUUUAAAAAUCACAAGGUUGGUCGUUGCUUCAACUUUUAUGGAGAAAUGUUGCUUCGAUUUGCAAUUGCUUGUGUUUAAUUCUACAUUUUCUUUUCUAUGAAAACUGAAAAUACAGAAAAAAAGAACACUCAACACCUUGUGCAAUAAAGCUAUCUUUUUUAUAAA